AUUUCCGUAGAUCAACAAUCGGCGAAAACUUUUAAAAGGUGGUAAUAAAUUGAGAACAGAAAGCAAAUAUUGAUUUCAUUCUAUUCGAUUUGCGACGAAGAAAACAACCCAAUUCAAUGAAAUUCUUACCGCUCUUGGCUCUAUGUAUAAUCCAUGCUCAGGCGACGCCAAUGGCUCGUAUGUGGCAUGGAAUAAAAUCGGACGAUCCAGUCCCGCACCAUGUUCACAUGUGGGUCUGGGACAUGUACGAUGAAACUUGGCCAGCCAGUGGAGUCCUAAUAUCUGACAGACAUGUUUUAACUGCCGCUGUGAAUGUGUACCAUUACAAGCGCUUCGAUUUGAGAUUUGGCGGUAGAAGACAAAAGGAUUUGCAGUCGGUCACUUCGUACGAAGCAAUCGUUCAUGAGAAUUUCGACGAUCGCACCGAUGACAAUAAUUUGGCAAUCAUCAUUGCACCGACACAAAUCCAAUUUACCCUUAACAUUCAACCAAUUGCUUUGCCCAGACAAAGCGAGGAUAUACCGAGACAAGGACAAAUCGGAACGGUUGCCGCAUUCAGCUAUUUAUCGGACUAUGGACCAACGUCAACCGUUUUGGAAUACGGAAGAAUGACUAUAAUGACACCGAGUGAAUGUGAGGUUGUUUAUCCACACAUCCAUGGCAUUGUCAGCCAUUUCUUUUGCGCUAAGGAUGUCGAUUUUAACGUUUGUGGCGGUGCACAAGGCGCCGGAUUGGUGGUGCGAGAACAGAAUUUCGAUGUCUUGGCUGGAAUUGUUUCAUUCGGUAAUAUAUGGAAAGACUGUUCAAGCAGAAUUCCACCUGGAUUUAUCAAAGUAUCAGAAUAUGUGAAUUGGAUAGCCGAGAAGAUACAAUAAGCAGUUCACCUUUCACAAGUACAAUGUAUGAUGGCUGAUCAGGUUUUGCAGUUUAGUAGUUAAUGUCUUUGCGAAAUAAAAAAAAAAUGAUUGGAUGAA